AUGAGGAUAGUCAAAACUGGUGCUGAUCCUCAUCUGUUCAUCUGUGAAAGUCCGAUUCAGUUGGAGUUGGUCGGAAUGAUCGCAGAAUAUUUGCUAGUAUCUGUCCUUCUGUCGGCGGUCUACUGUAUUGAUAGUAACAUUCUACUGGAUAGAAAUAUUGACGGGGAUUCACGAGAAAGCUUUCCCGGUCACGUGGCCUUACGACCAGACUACACUUUUUGGAAUAUGGCAAAAAUGCUACGGAAGUUCUUCGACUCGAACGCUGAGCAACAAAUUCCAGUGGAACCUACGUCAAUUCGAAGAGCUUAUCCUACAAUUCAAACUGCACCUUUCCUUCUUCGGGAUUUACGAUCCAGACGAAUGUUAUUGAACUCACAUCUUUUUUGA